AUGUCAAAAGGGGGAGGAGGGGAGAUUCACUUGCCCAACCCGCGCAAAUCAGACAUGUAUCCAACCGUAGCAUCAGCAAGUGAUGAGGCUCGACAAAAGUUCCUUGAUGAUACGGUAUCAUUCUUUAAAGAUUUAAAAAGCGAUGUCGAGAUAAAGGUUGGCGAGGGGAGUGAAACCGAAACUUUUCAUAUUAAUUCAACUAUAUUAAAAAUCAGAUCACCGUACUUCAAGGCAGCACUAUCCAAUAGAUGGAACCAUACAACUCCCAUAACUCUCUAUGAACCGACCAUUUCGCCUUUCGUAUUUACUAUACUUUACAAGUAUAUCUGUGAAGGCGUAGUCGACUCGCUUAAAGACGUCGAACCCGAAUGCCUCUUAAAAAUUAUGCAAGCAGCUGAUAGACUGUUGCUUCCGCAACUCGUGAAAAUCGUUGAAUUACACGUUGUAAGAAAACAUUGUCAAUGGCUAAAAGACAGGCUCAACAUAUUGCCAGAGAUGUUUAAAUACUCGGGCUGGGUAUAUAUUCAGGCGUUUUAUAUUAACCAUAUAAGCCAAAACCCAGAGAAAUUUUUCGGGUCUCAAAACUUUACGUCUAUGGAUGUAAAGAUCAUAGAAAGCGUGAUCAAUUCUAACGAACUGGCGAUGGACGAAAUUAACGUAUGGGAUAAUCUAAUCAAAUGGGGUGAGAAACAACCCGGAGGCCUCGAUGGCGUGAAAAAAACUCUUGAAAGCUUGACACCCUUGAUACGAUUUGUUAGUAUCCCGGCCAAUUCUUUUUACGAAAAGGUAAAACCGCAUAAGCGAUUUAUACCCGAAGACUUGUAUGAAGAGGCGCUCUGGGCGUACAUUCUUAAUAAACCGAAACAGCACCUACAAAAUCCCAGAGCAACAAGGAUUGACUCAAACUUUAUAACGCCUCAUCACGCCGUGCUACUAUCCGAUUGGGUGGAUGGCAAGGCCCCCGACACGUAUUCUACCAGGCAGUUACCGUAUGACUUUGAACUCUUGGUGAGAGGUAGUCGUGACGGAUUUGAUGGCAACACGUUUUACUCAAAAUGCAAAACAGUUGCCAAGACUAUUAUUAUAAUAAAAGUCAGAGACUCGGACGAAUUAAUUGGUGGAUAUAAUCCGUCUUCUUGGCAGACCGACUAUUCGAACAAGGAUAGCUUUAUAUUCUCUAUCAAGGACUGGAGAAUACUUGAUGAUGUUGUUAUCAGUCGCGUUCGCCCUACUAGCACAUCUCAGGCAGUUACUUGGAGGCGAAACGGGCUAAAUUUCGGGGAUGGAGAUUUGGCGUUGACGAAUCCAUAUAAUAAUGUGAAUGCGGGACAAACGCGGCCCAAGAAUUAUGACAUUAAAAUUAGAGACGGUGAGGUGUUCACCGUGGAAGAGUAUGAGGUUUUUGCUCUCAAAGGUCAGAGGUGUUAA